UGAAGAAAAUAAUAAAAAGGUGGGCUCUAAAACCAGAAUCCAGCCAAACGAAGUUGCAGAGCAGGGUGAGGGAAAACAAAAGAAAUAAAUAAAUAGAAAUGACUGGAAAUUUCAGAAAUAGAAAAACAGAAACAGGAAUUCAGGAAACCCCAUAGACAGGAUUCCAGCUGUGUUUAUAUUUUUGCCAUUUUUCUAAUUAUUUUUUGUUUUUAACGGGGGGUUUAUGUAUUUUUAGCACUGUGUAAAAGUAUAAACGUAGUUUCUAAUUACAGGAGAGAGUUGUUCAGAUAUACAGUUUAAAUUGUUUUUAUAGAAAAAACUCCAUUUAAAUUCCUUCUUCCAAUUCUUAGAAAUACCAUCUCAUUUUUUUAGUUUUCUUUCUCCAAGCUUUUUUCUGAUCUGUAUUUUUUUUUCUGGGUUGGUGUUGUUUUCUUUGUAGAAGAUGAAAAAUGGAGUUUCUUCACGUAUUUAUCUCGUUUUUCUGAAGUUUUUAAAGUUCUAGAAACAUCAGAGAAUACCAGGAAGGGUCAUCAUAAGAGAUAAGUUUUUUCAUGAUUGUGUAGGUUCAGAUUGAUAAAAGAAACUCUGGGGUCUCAUUGUUUUUGAAAAAACUAAAAAAUAUAGAGAAUUUGAUCUGAAAAAAAUGGGUUCAUAUUUGCAAACAGUGGAUGGAGUAGUAGGAGAAAUAAUGAGAAUUCAUAGAUCUUUACCAGCAAGACCAGGUUUAGAUGAAAUAGAAGCAUCAAGAGAUUUGAUACUUAAUGUCGAAAAAGAAGAACAAUCAAGAAUUGAAGCCAUUUCUAAACAGAAAAAAGGUAUACAAGUACCUGAAGAAUUGUUCUACGUAUUACAAGAGAUGCAAAGGAAUUUAGUUUUCUUUCAAAGCAAAGAAGAGAAAAGAGAAGCUCUUAAAUUACUUGAUCUCGAAAGUGUUCAUUGUUUGUUUGAUGAAUAUGUUCAAAGAGCUUCUAAAUGUCUUCCUGGUGCUUCAAAUUCUUCUAAGAAUAAUGGGUCUAUGAGUGGGUUUUCUGCUGCGAAUUCCAAUUCGGCUUCAGCUUCUUCUUCUGUUCUGGGUGAUUCUUCGAUUUCGGUUUCGCCUUCGUCUGUUUUAUUCACCGCCAAAGAGUCCAGAAGUAGUUCUGAGAGGCUCACUAGUCGAGAUGAUAGUUAUAUGAAAGCUAAAGCUUCGUCACUCUACAGUACUGAUCCUAUUGGUACUAGACCGCAGAUUGUUGAUGCUUCUCUCAGACCAGUAAUAUCUUCUGGUCAAGGUGGUGAGAAAUUGAGUCUGAUAAAACUGGCUAGUUUAAUUGAAGUAUCUGCGAAAAAGGGUACAAAGGAGUUAAAUCUGCAGAACAAAUUAAUGGACCAGGUUGAGUGGUUACCGGAUUCAAUAGGGAAGUUAACGGGGUUGAUCAGUUUAGAUUUGUCUGAGAACCGAAUUACAGUCCUACCUGCAAAGAUCGGAAGCCUUUCUUCAUUAACCAGAUUAGAUUUGCAUUCAAACAGAAUAGAAGAACUCACUGAAGCCAUUGGCGAUCUCUUUAGUCUGGUCUUUCUGGAUUUGAGAGGAAAUCAGUUGACUUCUCUACCAGCCAGUAUAUGUAAAUUAUCGCGGCUUGAAGAGAUCGAUCUUAGCUCGAAUAGGUUGGCAUUGCUUCCUGAAUCUAUUGGGAACCUCAACAGCUUGAAGAAGUUCAAUGUGGAGACUAACAAUAUCGAAGAACUUCCACAUACGAUUGGUCAUUGUACUUCACUUGUUGAGCUCCGGGCGGAUUAUAACCGGUUAAAAGCACUACCGGAAGCCAUGGGUAGGAUAGAGACACUUGAGGUUCUAUCUAUUAGGUACAAUAAUAUCAAGCAAUUGCCAACCACUAUGGCAUCUCUACCGAAUUUGAAAGAGCUAGAUGUUAGCUUCAAUGAGCUGGAAGCCGUUCCAGAGAGUUUGUGCCUUGCUACUACACUUGUAAAAUUGAAUGUAGGCAACAAUUUUGCUGAUUUACGAUCUCUACCAAGGUCCAUUGGUAAUUUGGAAAUGCUAGAGGAGUUGGAUAUCAGUAAUAAUCAGAUAAGGUUCCUUCCAGAUUCUUUUGGCAUGCUUUCCCAUUUACGAGUUCUUCGCGCUGAAGAAAAUCCUCUAGAAGUACCCCCAAGACAAAUCACAGAAAAGGGUGCACAGGCUGUCGUCCAAUACAUGUCCGAGCUUGUGAUUAACCGGGAAGUUAAGAAACAACCAGUUAAGGAAAAAAAAACUUGGGCUCAGUGUUGCUUUUUUUCAAGACCUAACAAGAGGAAGCAUGAUGGGAUGGACUAUGUCAAACCUGUAGUGUGAAAUCAAUGCCACGAUUGGAAACAGCACGACAACUUGAAUAGGUCAAUUCAACUGUGUAGAGGAGGAAAGAGAAGAUGUGACGCUACUAUUAUCAAGCCUAAAGGGCUUGGCCGUAUGAAUAAUGUUUUUUCUGGUCAGCACUGUUACUGCUCCUGAGUCUAUACAUUGUCAUCCAUGUAUAUUUCCACGAGUUAUUGUUGUACCCUCACCGCAUGACUGUAUUUUAAGUGUUCAUGAACCCCAUUUAGACGACUUGGUUCACGGCGAAAAAGAACCAAAGAGAAAAGAGAAAUAAGAAUAUGUUGUACUCUUAAGUAAAAAGUCCACUGUUAUAUGAGAUCAUUAGUUUCUACCUUGUCGUCUUCCCUUCCUUGUCACCCAAUUUUUUCAAUGUUUUUCUAACAUUUGAAUCUCUUCAGUUCAGCGUAGUUUAUACACGUAUGUACAAGUUUAAUUUGGCUAUUCACACUUUUAUGAAUAUAUAUUGUUGGUUGAAUAUGAA